AUGAGAGCUUUGAACUGCACAUCAUGCUCUUCUUCACGGAGCUUUACCAGCAACCGCCCCCCACCACUCUAUGAGGGCCAUGUACCAUUGACGAGGGUUGAGCGGGCUGGCUUGGCCAUUGGAGCUAGUGUUAUGUCCUUCUUCAAUCCUUAUCGUCAUGACCUCAUUGCCGCUACAGGCGAAGCAACAGCUACACCUUACUUCAUCUAUCGCUUGCGCGACGCUAUGCUCGCUGAUCCAACAGGCCGCCGCAUUCUCCGAGCUCGACCCCGAAUAUCCUCCAAAACCCUAUCCCUUGACGCACUGCGCGCAAUGCCUGAGAAUAGUGUUGGUCGUGCCUACGUUGGAUGGCUCGAUCGAGAAGGUGUCUCGCCCGACACCCGAGCUUCAGUACGCUACAUCGAUAACGAAGAGUGCGCAUAUGUUAUGCAGCGCUAUCGCGAAUGCCAUGACUUCUACCAUGCCUUGACAGGUCUUCCUAUCGUGCGUGAGGGUGAAGUUGCUCUCAAGGCGUUCGAGUUUGCCAACACACUGCUCCCCAUGACAGGAUUGAGUAUUUUUGCGGCUGCUACUAUGAAGAAGAGUGAGAGACAACGAUUCGCAUCGACAUAUCUACCAUGGGCCCUAAAGAACGGAGCACGAAGCAAAGAGAUAAUCAAUGUGUUUUGGGAGGAGAGACUUGAAGAGGAUGUGAAUGAUGUCAGAAAAGAGCUUGGUAUUGAGCAGCCACCUGAUAUGAGAGACAUCCGAAGGAGGGAGAAGGAAGAGAAGAAGAGGCUCAAGGAGCUCAGAGAACAAGGUCUAUAA